UGGCAGGGAACAUUUUUGGAUAACAGAGCUGAACAGAACAGGAAGUUCUUUCCCAGCUUGUGGAUGGCAUGGAGCCAGAGGGGCUGGUGGGUUGACUGCCCUUGGCCAUGGGGAAGCCGAGCAGCGGGGCUGUGUGCCCAGCUAGGACAAUCUGAAGGGCAGUGUCCAGGUUCCUUCUGCCACCUGGAGGCUUGGGGUGGCACCCUAAGAGAGAAGCGAUGAGGAAACUGAGGUGAGGUUGAGGGUGGGACGGAGAAAGUCUCUGGGCUCUUUCUUGGGCACAGACAGGAUCUUCCGCUGCUCCUGGGGGGUGCAAGCAGCUGCGGGUGCCUGGGAGAGCAGGAAGCACAGGAGUCUGGCAAGAGGGAGCCUGGGACUUGGUUGGAAGUGUUGGCAGGGCUGGGGCAGGUGUGGGGCCCUGUGCCUGGACAUACCUUGGCUGCAGCAGAAAUAGUGCUCUGUUGACAUUUAUGCUGGAGUGAGAUUAGGUUAGACCUAAUCUGCUAGGUGCCAGUGUCCACAUAUCCGUCUUUAUCAAGCACCUGCUGUGUGCUGGGUAAACGCCAGGCUGGGGUGCAGAGGUGGACUAGGAGUGAGCAGCUCAGGCCAACUCUUCUAGAAGCUUAGGGCACACCCAGGGAGCUCUCUUCAGGCCCCUUGACCUCAAGGGAGGCGCAGCUGUUUUUUGCAGAUGAGGUGACAGAGCAGAGGACACACCCGCCAGGCUGCUUCCUGUACCACUGGCUUUUUCUGGGGCUUGUUGCUCUUCUACAAAGAGGCCAUGGCCCUUGCUGCCACAGCCCCCCAUGCAAACGUGUGCCACGUGCUCUCCCUGCAGGGCUCUGGCCAAGCCUGCCCGCUGCCCUGGUUUCCUCCCGAGGUCCCUUCCUGCCGCCACCUGGCUGUCAUCGGGCUGGACGCCUACCUGUGGUCUCGCCAGCCCAUCACCCAGGGGACGCAGCAGCCUGAGAGUCCAGAGGAGGCUCCUGCCGAGGUGACUGUCAACUGGCCAGAGGUAGAGGAGGCCCUGGUGCGCCUGCAGCUCUGGGCGAAUGUGGACGUGCUGCUGGUGGCCUCCUGGCAGGAGCUGAGUCAGCACGUGUGCGCCGUCACCAAAGCCCUCGCCCAGCGCCCCUUCAAGCAGUCCCAGGAGUCGCAGGCCUUUAACUUCUGCACAGCAGGGCGCUGGGCAGCGGGCAAGCCAUUGACGGGAGACAAUGGCGCAGGGCUACGGAGGGCCUGGUGGAGGCAGAUCAGGCAGUUUAACCGGGUCAGCCCAGCCGUGGCCGACGCUGUUGUCACUGCCUUCCCCUCCCCCCGCCUCCUGCAGCAGGCACUCGCGGCCUGCAGCUCGGAGCAGGAGCGCAGGGGUAUCCUGGCGGACCUCCCCGUGAAGGCCAAUGACGGCCGGCGGCCCCGCAGGGUGGGGCCCGACCUCUCCCGCCGAGUGUACCUCUUUCUGACCACCACCAACCCCGACCUCCUGCUGGACCUGGGCUCCUGACCACGGCUUCGGGACCCAGCGGAGGCCUCCUGCCUGCCAGCGGGACAGCACGUGGCCCCAGGGAUUGACCAGACACCUUUGGCCCAACAAGUACUGUCACCCUGGAGUGGGCUCCCAGCCUCUGAUCUCAGGGGAAGGGCAAGGGGUGGCAGGGAACAUUUUUGGAUAACAGAGCUGAACAGAACAGGAAGUUCUUUCCCAGCUUGUGGAUG